AUGUACACGAGUCUGAAGAAUGUGGUCCCGGAUAUGCAGAACGAACGAGUAUCUCGAGCUGUCAUUCUGAGACGUGCAAUUGAAAUAAUUGAGGCGAAACAACGAGAACGUGCGCAUCUUCAAGCCGAGUGUGAUCGUAUACGUGAAGAGACCGCUGAAAUGGAAAGAGAGGAAGCUGUGAAUUCAGUUUUCGAGAAUGCGAUAUGGAAUUCUGAUUACACCAGUGAUUUUCCAUUUAUUCUUCGGGUUUUCACGAUUGUAUGUCCACCUCAUUAUUUAGCUCCACUUAAGAUUCCUUUCGCAGCUGGUCUUCUAAUCGUGCCUGGAUUUGUUGCCAGACAGGAUGAACAACUCGAGUCGCCUCAUUCAAGCCAGGGAUGCGUUGGCAUAGUGGACAGUUUAUGUGACGAUCACAAACGCCAUGCUCGUGCGCAACACAACGCACUGGAACGAAGACGUAGGGACAAUAUCAAGGACAUGUACACAAGUUUGAAGGAUGCGGUCCCAGAUAUGCAGAACGAACGAGCAUCCCGGGCCGUGAUUCUCAGACGUGCAAUUGAAGUAAUUGAAGAGAAGCAACGACAACGUGCACAACUUCAAGCUGACUGUGAUCGUAUUCGUGAAGAAACUGCUGAACUGGAAAGAGAGUUACAAGUAUAUACGCUGUCACGCACUUUCACUUCUCGAUUAGUUUACGGAGUUCAGGUAAAGGUUGCUCCUCCAUUUGAUCAACUAGUUAAGGAACCCGAGCGGUGA